UCAUUUCGCACGUUAUCACUGUUACAGAAUAAUACCUAGAAUUCGGUCAAGAUUAUGAAUUAAGUUAUUGUAAAUAUAGGCUAAAAUGUUGCGAUACAGACAUGCAGUGCGACUUCUGCAGCGCCGAAAUUACUCAGCCGGAGCAGCUAGCAAUGGAAGUGGUUCACCCGGCGGCGACCAAUCCGGCGAAGAUGAUCGGCACCCAAUAAGACGAACCCUUCGUUUGCUUGGUAACGAUAUGCGCAAAGUCAAAGACUUCUUUGUGCCCAAGGAAACGGAAACCGAAGAGGAUCGCAUCCCCACACAGAGCAAGUUCCAGUUUACCGGGGAGAAGACAAGGGAUCCAACAGUGCCAGAUGAUUUCCAGACCCACUGCGAUGUGCUCGUAAUUGGCGGCGGAGGAGUAGGCAGCUCCAUCGCCUACUGGCUGAAGGAGAAGGCGCGCGAUGGCCUUAAUGUGGUGGUGGUGGAAAAGGAUGACACAUAUGCUCAAUCCGCCACUCGCGUUUCUGUGGGCGGUCUUUGCCAGCAGUUCUCCCUGCCCGAAAACAUCCAAAUGUCUCUCUUUGCCGCUGAAUUCUUGCGGGGCGCUAAGCAGCACUUUGGCCAGGAUGUGCCCCUCCAGUUCACACCCUAUGGCCACCUAAUGCUCGCCGGCGAAGAGCACGCCGAAAGCCUAAUGCGGUCCUCCCAGCUGCAAAACGAACUGGGUGCCCGAAACGAACUGCUCACAGAGGAUCGACUGGCAGCCCGAUUUCCGUGGCUGAACACCAAGGGCAUCGCCUUGGGCUGCCACGGAUUGGAAAAGGAGGGCUGGUUCAAUCCUUUGGCCCUGCUGAGCAAUCUACGGCGCUCUGCCAGCGGCUACGGAGCUCAUUUCCUUAGUGGCCAGGUGGUUGACUUUGAAUUCAAGUCUCAAACAGACAUAUCUGUGGUCGGAGAUGCCGGGUCCAACGAAGGAAACUACACGGGCCUGGACAAGGCGGUCAUCCAACUGCCUGAUGGCACGAGACGCACCUGCAAGUUUGCCCUGUGUGUGAUAGUAGCCGGCGUCAGUUCCGGGCAGGUGGCACGAUUGGCAAAGAUAGGAGUGGGUCCGGGAAUGCUGCAGGUUCCGCUGCCCAUCGAUGCACGCAAGCGGUACAUGUACGCCAUCAACUCGCAGGCUCAAAGUGCACCUGGAAUGUCGAUGCCCAUGACCAUUGAUCCCACGGGCAUCUUUAUUCGUAGAGAUGGUCUGGACGGCAAUUACAUAUGCGGACAUGAUUCCACUGAGGAGAACAAUGUCCCAGCGGCGGAUGCGCAGUUCUUUGAUCAGCACAUUAGACCCAAGCUGGCAGAACGAGUCCCCGCCCUUGGAGAGGCCCAAGUGCUAGAUAGCUGGACGGGCAGCUACGAUCAGAACGUCUACGACGAGAACGGCAUUUUGGGAGCCCAUCCGUACUACCACAAUCUGUAUAUAGCUACCGGGUUUAGCGGGCACGGAGUCCAGCAAUCCCUUGCCGUCGGUCGAGCCAUAUCCGAGCUGGUAAUGGAUGGCCAGUUCCGGACCAUCGAUCUCUCGCGUCUGAGCUUCGACAGGCUGAUUGUGGACCAACCCAUGUACGAGUUUAAUAAUGUGUUAAGCUAGGUUUCUUGAUGGUGCAUUAUAAACUAAA